GGCACGAAGCCAGCGUUCCGCUCCGGCCCCCCAAGUUGGGUUGUAGGGUUUAGGGUUUAUGAAUGUGAAUAAGCCGCACCGCAAGAUGAGGCGGCGUACGUGGUCUUUCCUUAUUAAGGUAGAUAGCUCUCUUUUGUUACCCGUGACACCAUUCCAGUCAGCAGCGACAACGGUUGGCACUUGGCAGUCAAUAAAGCGGUGGCUCCUCCUCAUACCGCACACAUCCAAAAUCAAUCUUGAAAUAACUUGAAACGGCCUCUCUGGAAGUUUAAAAGGAGGAAAACCUACAUGCUCUUAUUCUUAUUGCUUUUGCGAUUGGGUUAUACGCAGGUUCUGCUGCUAUUAAUUAGUAUACGCAUUUUUCAAGAAAGCGAGGGUUUGUAAAGAGGAGAAGAGAUGGCCCAGGCUCAGGCACAGGCUCAGGGACAGGCACAGGAACAGGUAGAGGAAGUAAGUCAAGGCAUAGAGAAGCUAAAGCUUGCCAAUACCAACAAUGUCACUGCCAAUAGCAAUGCAGGCACUGAGAACCAUAAAAAGAACAGGAUUCAGGUCUCCAAUACCAAGAAGCCUCUCUUCUUCUAUGUCAAUCUCGCCAAGAGAUAUCUGCAGCAGCAUGAUGAAGUUGAGCUGUCUGCUUUGGGAAUGGCUAUUGCUACAGUUGUCACAGUUGCUGAAAUAUUAAAGAACAAUGGUCUGGCCAUAGAGAAGAGGAUCUUGACAUCUACUGUUGACAUGAAAGAUGAAACAAGGGAAAGACCCAUCCAGAAAGCCAAGGUUGAAAUAAUUUUAGCAAAAGCUGACAAAUUUGAUGAAUUAAUGGCUGCUGCCGCUGAGGAGAAAAAUCUGGGAGGUGAAGAUGAGCACUAAUAGAAACCUGUUCAAGGAAUGGCUCUGAUCUCUCUGUAUAUCAUUAGGUUUAAUGAGAUGUGUUUUCUUGAGCUUUUGUUUUUUUCUUGAAAUUUUUGACAUAAGUGGCUUCCUUCAAAGAAUCUUGGAGUCUUGAAGUAUGGUCAUCAAUGAUAGUGUACUAUUUUAUGUCAUGUUCAUUCUUUCUCAAGUGGGUUUAUUCUGCAUUUUCUGUGAUUAUGUGGGCAAAUGAGUCAUAUGGAGGUGAACACACGACAAUUGAAAUGUCUAUCCUUUUGUUUCUUCUUUACAACUUGAUCUGGGCAAUGUAAUGUCCUUCACCAUAAAAUUUCUUCAGCAUUUGUUGAUAUUUUUGUAUUCAAUAAUUGGUUUGUUUUAGCUAGGACUGAUUGAGUUUGUAACUUUGCACUCUCUGAAGUAAAUGAAUUUUGAGUUGUGUGGGCUGUUCGAUUCUU